AUGUGGAAAGCAAUUAUCCCCUUGGCUCUUGCCUUUGUAGGCCAGGUUGCUGGUCAGACAGUCUAUCUGGCUGGAGAUUCUACUACAGCUCCAGGAGGUGGUGGCGAAGGCACAGAAGGCUGGGGUCAAUACCUGCACUACUCUUUAAAGAUCCCCGUCGUCAACAAGGCCUUUGCUGGCCGAUCUGCCCGCAGCUUCACUCGUGAAGGCCGUUUCGACGAGAUCGGAAAGCUCAUCAAGAAAGGAGAUUUCGUAGUCAUUGAGUUUGGCCACAACGACGAGACCGUCCACACAUUCCCCUACUACCUCGAGCAAGCAGCAAAAUCCUACGUCGCAAAGGGUGCCCACGUGCUCAUCUCCUCCCAAACCCCCAACAACCCAGACGAAUCCGGCGUCUUUGUUUCCGCGCCCUCUCGCUUCGUCGACCUCGCAAAGACGGCAGCUGCAAAUGCAAAGGUUGAUUACGUGGAUCAUAGCGCGUAUGCAUUGGCUGCAUACAAGCCUUUGCCUGUGCAGACGGUGGAUAGCUAUUUCCCAAACGAUCAUACGCAUACGGCGCCCAAGGGAGCGGAUCUGGUUGCGCAGGCUUUUGUGAGGGGAUUGGUUUGUGGAGGGAGUUUGUUGAGCAAUUAUGUCAAGAAUGCUACUAGUGCGAUUGAAGGGGCUUGCUUGAAGUAG